AUGCAUGCUGUUCCCAAGGCCCUUACGCUGGAAGAAAUCAAAGAAGCCACAAAAGCCGAUACCACACUUCAAGCUGUCAUUCAAGCAGUUCAAACCAAACAGUGGCAUAAUGCGAAACUCCAACCUCGUGUUGAUCGCAAGUCGGUAGAAUGUUUUUUUCACAUCCAAAACGAACUGUCAGUUAACAGUGAUCAAAGUCUCCUCCUACGUGGUACCCGUAUAGUCAUACCAAGUACACUUCAAAACCAUGUGAUAGACCUCGCACACGAAGGCCAUCAAGGUAUAUCACGGACAAAACAACUCUUAUGUGAGAAGGUCUGGUUUCCGACCAUUGAUAAACAAGUGGAAGAAAAGGUUAGCUGCUGCUUAGCUUGCCAAGUCACAACAAACACAAGCAACAUUGAACCAUUACGUAUGCCUGAAGCUAGCAAGAAUCCAUGGGAAAGUGUAUCAAUUGAUUUUUGCGGCCCGUUUUCCAGUGGUGAGUACUUACUUGUAUUGAUUGAUGACUACUCACGAUAUCCCGAAGUAGAUAUUAUUAGAACAGUAGCCCAUACAACUGUUAUUCCCUGUCUUGACAAAAUCUUUGCUCCUCACGGAAUUCCCAGAACAGUUAAAUCGGACAAUGGCGCCCCAUUUAAUAGUACAGAAUUCAAACAGUUUGCUAAUUAUCUUGGUUUCCAACAUCAGCGUAUAACGCCCUAUUGGCCUCAGGCAAACGGAGAAGCCGAACGAUUUAUGAGAACGUUAUAGAAAACAGCUAGAACUGCCAAAGUUGAAGGCAGGUCUUGGAAACAAAACUUGUUUACCUUCCUCAGAAACUACCGAGCUACGCCCCACAGUAUAACCCACCAGGCUCCUGCAACCUUGCUAUUCAAUCGUGCCAUAAAUGUCAAGUUACCCCAGUCACAAACUGUAGCACCAGCUGACCCAAACCAUCAACAAGCACUUGAUGCAUCAUGUAAGUCAAGACAAAAGAACAAGGUCCACUUUGACAAACGAAACCAAGCCAAAUCCUCUGAAUUCAAAGUCGGUGAUGCAGUCCUGCUGAGAAACUCAAAGAAAGGUAAGUUGCAGACCCCUUAUGAACAUCAGAAAUACCAAAUUGUUAAGAAGAAAGGAUCGAUGAUUACAGCGUCAAAUGACAAUCGCCAAGCCACUCGGAACUCAUCACAUUUUAAAAAGUUUAAAGAAAAGAAAGGUGGAACAGAUAACCCAGCAGAUAAAGAAGAACAGCCGAGCAAGCAGAACACCAAUGAACGCCCGAAAAGGAAAACAAAACCACCAGCCUACUUUGGCUAUAAACAGUCAGAUAAGUAA